CAUUUUUCAGUCUACUAAUGUAUGAAUGUUUGAAUAAAUUAAUGGUCUAAGAAAUGUUACGCUAUGUGCUAUUAGUGCUAUUAUCAGUGUUUGUAAAACACGGCAAGUGUCUGAGUAAAACAGUUUCAGAUCAGAAGCGAUGCCAAAACAAAUACAGAGUAUUGACUCAAAGCAAGGAUGAGGUGCUCUCUGCGGUCGGGUAUUCGCGGAACAACACCAGAGCCGACAACUUCCAGAAAAUUAGACAAAUUUGUUGUUGGUGGAUUGAGUACCAGACCUGUGCUGUGAAGUCAGUGAUAGACAGGUGUGGAGAACAGGCGGCGAUUCUCGUGAACGAAGAAUUCUAUAAGACAUACACCAGUUCCGCCACUUCCAGAGUACUGACGUACAGGUCAUGCCUACCACAAGACAGGACAUUCACAUAUCCGGCCUGUUUUCUGGACCACUCCAUUGAUCCCAACUCUUUGGGCAUCAAUUUCGACAGCAAUGAGUUGGACGUCGAGGACGACAGCAGAACCAAAGAGAUUCAGAAUAUGUUUGCAAAUAAAGCCAAUGAAACAAAUCACACGGAUUUCAAUCAUAACAUUGAAGCCUCUAUUUAUAACUCGAACGCAAUUUAUGCCAAAUUAGUGCCACAUUUGAUGGCUUUGGUCUUCAUUAGA